CCUAUUGUAUAAUCAGAAGAUUUAAAAUGUUAAAGAAAUCAUACCACCUGGCAUUAGCAGGGGAAAUGAAGAGGACAGAUAACUUUCUCUGUUGUCUACGUUUCCACUGUCAAAGUGCUCAUGCACCCUCUUAAUGUUAAAAACAAGUCAAAACUAGUUUCUACAACAAAGAAAAAACCCCAAAUUUGACUUAGUGUAUCAACAAGUUUUAAGUUCGUAAUUUGAUUUCUGGAGCAAAAAACUUUCUCUUACUUUAGCGUCCUCCACUUACUUACCCGCCAUCAAUUUCCAUCUUUGCCCACACAUUAUCCGUUAUCCGUUUUUCCCUCUCCUCUCCCUCUCUAAGCUCCACCUUCAUUUCCAUGGCUGAUCAUUAAUGGGUUUUUUCACUACUACCAUCACCAGCAAUUCCAUGCAAAAUCAUCUUCUCUCCCUCCAUUCUACUAAGUUCCCAUCAUCAAACCCAUUACCCACUUUCAAAAUCACCUUCUCUUAUUCCUCUACACCCACUCGUCGUAGGUUUCACAAGCCUCAUCAUAGUCUUAAACGCCUUACCUUUCGAAAAGUUCAGCUCACUAGAAGAAGGCCAUUGGAACAGAUUUUUGAGGAAGUCGAGAGUGCUAAGAGAAGGUAUGGGAAGUUAUAUACGAUAGUUAUGAAUGCGGUGAUGGAAGCUUGUGUGCAUUGCGGGGAUACCGAGUCUGCUCUUAAGGUGUUUGAUGAAAUGUGCAAGUCAGGAAGUUCUGGGGUUGAUGGUGUCUCUUAUGGGACUCUGUUGAAGGGUUUGGGUGUGGCUAGAAGAAUUGAUGAAGCAUUUCAGAUACUGGAAUCAGUGGAAAUGGGUACACCUGUUGGAAGUCCAAAGUUGUCGGCUCCGAUGAUAUUUGGUCUCUUAAAUGCUCUAAUUUCAGCAGGAGAUAUACGCCGAGCUAAGGGUCUUCUAGCCCGCUAUGGUUAUUUGCUUCAUGAAAGCUGCAAUCCUUCCAUUUUGGUAUAUAACUUAUUAAUGAAGGGAUAUAUAAGUGCUGGCUGUCCUCAAGAUGCCUUGCCUGUGCAUGAUGAAAUUUUGGAGUUAGGAUUAACCCCUGUGAGGCUCACCUAUAGUACUCUGAUAUCUGCAUGUGUGAAGGCUGGGAACAGAAGAAGCAA